AUGUGUCAAGACAAUUCACCGACACAGUUAUGUGGGCAGCAUAUUAGCAACUAUGCACAGGGAGGGAGUUAUGGACCAAACGCUGGUAUUCGGCAGUGCGCCAAAACAAAGGCUAUCAUUCUCUGGGCGGUGGCCAAUGGUUUUCGUCCGGAUGAUCCUCAAAGUUGGCAGCAGAUUCUUGAAUGGUGUAAUUACAAUCAAGGGGAGGAGUUCCUUGGCAUCGUCGAAAAGCGGCUGAAGAAGACCGUCAUUUUUUUCUCGAAGAUGGCUGAAAAACACCAAUUGAAUGAGGAUUCAUUUGGUACUUCCACUGAUGGCAUCGACAAAGCCGAAGCAUGGCUUGCACGGCAGAAGAGUCUGACGGAUGUCGAGAUGAAGGAUGCAGACUCUGUGACCAAGACAGAUACCAAGUCACAAGUCUCAACUUCAAGUCGCAGACGGGCCAAAGUUGAUCGACGCCGUCGCCUUUCACGACCCAAUGACUCGGCUCCCUCUGGUAUCGCUUCCUCUAUCCCUGAGAAGGAGUCUGAUGACAAGAGGGGGGCACUGGAGAGGAGUUGGGAGAUCCUCUGGGAGCAGGCGGAGCGGGAUGCGGGACAAGGACGGGACCAUAGGUUCCGUCAACUGCUUCUCAUGGAAGAAGCGGUGACUUCCAUGAGGAUAGAGAUUGACAGGAUGCACAGAGAGGCUGCUUUUGGGCUUUGA